AUGUUAGACGACUUACUAUUGACUAGAUGUCAGGGCGCGUCGGGCGAUCUGAUCGAUUGGUCGUCCGACGGGCUUAUUUCUCUCGGGUUUCGCAAAGAGCUGUUUAUCCUUUUGCCCAAACAGUCGCGUGAACAGUCUGAGUUGUCCGAUGUGUUCACUCUCACAAGGUUGGGCGGAACCAUCUCCGAACUCCCCAAUGCGCUUUCCGAACUGGUUUGCAUGGACGAGCAGGUUCUUGUGGGCCAGGUUCAAGACUCGUCGGUUGCCAGCGUGGUGGAGGCGCGUUGGUCGUCGUCUGGAGUAUGCGAAGCUAAACAUUGCGUGUUGAGUCUCGUAACUGACACGGGAAACGCGUUUAUUUUCUCUCAGGACGGGCGAAACAACUGGAAAUGCAAGUUCAACAUCAUAGACGCGCAAUUGAGCUAUGAACAUAUCGAUUUACAACGAGUCAUCAAGUACUCCCAACUAAAACAUCUCCGAAUAAAAUCAGUUGGUUGGUUUAAACCUCUAAAGAUAGACCUUCUUAAAGCCCCAAUAUGGCCGCUGACAACAAACUCAACGUUUGUUCUUUGUACAGAAAGUGAAGAUGUGUGGCUGUAUUACUUGGGAGAAACUCUCACCAGAUUGAUAAAAAUUGAGCUUCCAAACGGGUCUAAAGUCAGAAAAUGUAAAGUCUCAGACUGGGUUGAAACCAAUGGAGUUUCUGAAUCAUAUGUGGUGUUCGAACUAACAACUAACGAGCUUAUUUCACAAAAAAUACAAUUCAAAGACCAGUUUGUCCUGUCUGAUCAAUUUGUCGUUGCACCCGCUUCAAGAAAUCUGAUUUCGCAGUUCACCCUUGCAACCGUUGAUAAUUAUACGUACUGCACGUACUCAUCAGCGCAAUUGACAACAGUUCAGCUCCAGACGCAAAAGGUGCUACAAUCGCCCCUACACUCGGUUGUUUCGUUCACCUCCAUCGUUCAUUACGGAGACACCUUAUUGUUGUCUAAUUCACACGAUAGCGUUGUGAUUGCCGAGCUUGAUUGGAACAGUUCAACGAUUCAAGUCCACCAGUUUGAUUAUAGGCAGCAAGUCGAGUAUAAUCACCCGUUGGUUUACAAGCUCAACGCUAUUAGAAAACAAGGCCCGUUCCGACUAAUGGCAAUGUCUCUUAACCCAACUUCCAACAACCUUGCCCUGGUGCACUCGGAAAGACUACAAAACACCAUCGAUUCUAGAAACCUAUCAUCCAAGGAAGAUUACUCUCUGAGCAUUGUUCCUCUAGAGCCACCAAGAACCCUCCAGCUGUCAAGUAUUCAAUACAGCCCGUCUUACGUGCAGCAGCUUGUCAGUCUUGGUGACAACCUUGCAAUUCCCGAUCCACUUGAUCAGGAACUCGACAGAGUGACCAAUGCAUACACAGACCUGUCUGCUGGUCUUACAGAUUUGUUCCUGCUACCACAUGUCCAAGAACUAAGACUGGCCAAUCUAUCGAGUCCCCACAAACACGAUCAGAAGCUAUUACGCCAAUUGGCCGAGAUCGUCCUUGGUUCCAUCAAAAUCGAACAAUUAGAGGCAAACACGAGCGACGCUCUGCUCUACACAAGCUACUUGCAGCUUCUCGAUAGAAAAGUUCCAGAGACAAAUAUAGUGCGAUUGCGCAUACCAGGACUGAAUGCAGAGGAAUCGUUUGCCUUGGGAAGCAAGUUCGAUCAAUCCGCCAUCAUCUCCGAGGAAGGCCACACAUGGGCCCGUUGCUCUGUUACACUUCUUCCGCUUUUUACCACCAAGCUUUGCAUCUGCGAAAACUGCGGCGCUAAAAUGGCUUCCAUGGAAACAAAAUAUUUGGGCGCGCUCACUGCCCGGAUACUGAAAUUUCUCGAAUUAUGUCCUUUUUGCGGAGGCAGAUGGAUAAGAAAAUAA